AUGAUUCAAGAGGAAAAUCUGAAUACGUUUAAAAAUAUUGAAGCCAAACUCAUCACGAUUUGGAAAGUCGAGAUCGCUCCCAAUGAUGAGAAGGAUCAAAAACUUCAAAGCAUCCACAAAGAGUUCCAAGUUGUUGAUAUCGCAAGCGAACUUGGUGGCGUAUUUCUAGACUCGCACAAUAUUAUUGCAGAUUACUGGCCCAAUGAGCUGACUCCAAGGUACAUCCACGUUAUCAUGGAAUCCCCGGCCAGCCAAGCUAUUGUGCAAAAUAACCAGCAAACUCCGAUCAGUCUGCAGAAGGCUCUCGAAACUGAAAAAUUGAUUGAAAAAUACAAUAUUCCACCUGAAGGCUCCUUUCAAAUCUCCUCCAUCAACAUUACGGAUUUAAUCAAAGUAAUUCCAUAUUACGGUUUUCCAGUCGAGAAUACAAAUGUAUUCGAGGCAAUGUUUAACACAGCACAAGAUCUCCACAAACGUAAUGCACCAUUUCCACAAAUGAAAGAAAUAAUUCACCAACCAAGCAACUCUUCUCUUGCAGUACCUAAAAACCAAACUAAGUUAUGCUGCUUUGCGGGGACUACGUUUUAUCGUGAAGGAAAUUUCGAUGAUUUCGAACCUUUCCUCAACCAUCCUGACGUCUGGUACUUCGCGGAUGGUCUCACCAAUCCAAAAGAAGUCUGGGCACAAACGUUAAUAUCAUUAUCACCAAAAGGACUCAAGGCUGAGGACUUUCAGGAAUUUGCAAAAAAGCCCAACACGACAUACUAUAUGCCUCCUUGGUCAUUGGAAGAAUUGAGGGAUUGUCAUGCCAAGAUCUACACCACUUCGAUCCCUGAUUCAAACUUUGUAACGGCUGUCUUCGAAAGAGUAGGAGGGAUACCACGUUAUACAUUACAAAUUGUAAAGACUGAGCUUGUAAAGCUUGUAGGAGAAACCAGCCAAGAGGUCAAGUUGAAGAAAGUGGUCAAUCAAGCUUCGAAACGCAUCAGGGAGGCCAUCAAUGAGGAUAUACCAUUGAUUGGGGCUCCAUAUGGAUUAAAGAAGAAAUCCUGGAACGUCUAA